AUGAAUUCAGCUGAAAUCACUGAUGAUGAUGAAGUAAAAAUUCCUACAAAAAACGUUGUGAAAGUAGAAACAGAAAAUGAAGAUGAAGCUCUAGACUGCUCAGUAACAUCCAGAUCUGCUGAGAAACACUCACUGGAUGGCACAGUUACUUGCCUACAGGAUUCCAGCAAACGGAAACAGCCCUCACUUGGUUGUGAUGGUUCAGGGAGCCAGCAAGAUGUCUUACCCAGUGUGAAGAAAAGGCGCUUUACACAUGAGGGCCCCCUUUCAAACAUGAAGAACAGAGAUACUGGCUCACCCACUCAGGUAAACGCAGAGCAGCCAAACAAGAACAAGAACCCUAACGUAGCGUGGCUCUGUGAAGAGGAAUCCUUCAGUGACAUAACCACUCCAUCUUACAAGAAACCUCUCUAUGGCAUCUCACACAAAAUCACGGAGAAGAAGAACCCAGCAGGAGCAGAGCAGUUUGCUUCUUAUGAGUUGUUUGAGAAGAUCAACCCGAGCAGUCCCUCGCAUCUGCGGACGUUGAACGACCAGCGCAAGAGGGACUCGGCUGCAGCCAUUGCUGUAACGGCGGCCGCCGCCGACUCCGACCCAAACCUAUAUUCUCUCAUACAGAAAAUGUUUUACACGCUUAACACCCUCAACACCAAUAUGACUCAGCUUCACAGCAAAGUUGACCUGUUGUCUCUGGAGGUCAGCAGAAUUAAAAAGCAAGUCAGUCCAGCAGAGUCCGUUGCAGACUUUAAGCCUCCUCCAGAGUACCAGCUGACUUCUGCGGAGCUGAAGCAGAUCAUGGAUCAAAGCACAUCAGGAGGAGACCUUGCUUGCCGGUUGCUCGUGCAGCUCUUCCCAGAGCUCUUCAGCGACGAUGAAUCCAGCAGGAGCUGCAGCGCCUGUGGCUUUCUCAACAAAAGGAAACUGGAGUCUCUUCAUCUGCAGCUUAUCCGUAACUACGUGGAGGUUUGUUAUCCUUCUGUGAAGAACACAGCUGUGUGGCAGGUGGAGUGUUUGCCUCAAGUCAAUGAUUUUUUCAAUAGAUUUUGGGCUCAAAGGGAAAUGGAAAACAGUCAGCAGAAUGUGCAAUCGUCCAGUUUUUAUGAGACUGAGCAAGUUGAAUCCUCUCAUUUUAUGGAGGAUAAAGAGCAGGAGGAAGCUUUGUCCUUGGACAGGAGUAAUGCUAUUGCCUCAGAUUACAUGCUGGAUGCUCAGGAUCUCAAUGAAUUUUUAGAUGAAGCUACUUCUCCAGGGGAAUUUUCUGUUUUUUUGUUACACAGGUUAUUUCCAGAACUCUUCGACCACAGAAAAUUAGCUGAAAGGUACAGCUGCUUUGGAGACUCUGGAAAACAACUGCUGGAUCCUCAUCGUCUUCAAAUAAUUCGUCGGUACACUGAAAUUUACUUUCCAGAUGUGCAAGAAGAGGAAGCCUGGUUGCAGCAGUGUGUUCAGCGAAUGAACGAUGAGCUUGAAAAUACGUAUAUGGACGGAAGCGAAUGUGAUCAGAUGAGAGACGACUGUUAUGAUUCCUCUAGUUUACCAGAUGAUGUAUCAAUCAUAAAAGUGGAAGACAGUUUUGAAUACGAAAAACCUGGCAGGCGCUCAAAAAAAAUUUGGCUUGUGCCCAUAGACUUUGAUAAACUUGACUUUCCCCCUCCUGAUUUUGAUGUCCCUGUCCCAGACUACCUGUUGAACAAAGAACAGAUUAAAAGCAUAUAUGAAAGCAGUCUUUCCAUAGGCAACUUUGCCUCUCGAUUGCUUGUUCUCUUAUUUCCUGAACUGUUUACUCACGAAAACCUACGGAAGCAAUACAACUGUAGCGGAUCUUUAGGCAAGAAACAGCUGGAUCCCACUCGAAUUAAAUUAAUACGACAUUAUGUGCAGAUACUGUAUCCCAGGGCAAAGAAUGACAGAGUGUGGACUUUGGAGUUUGUUGGGAAGCUUGACGAGAGGUGUCGACGAAGAGACACGGAGCAAAGGCGCUCGUACCAGCAGCAGCGGAAGAUCCACGUGCCGGGGCCGGACAGGAGGGAAUUUCUCAGCUACGUAAUAAACCCCGAGAGGUUUCGAGAAGAAUUUGAAGGGCCGCCGCUGCCACCAGAAAGGAGCAGCAAGGAUUUUUGCAAGAUACCACUCGAUGAACUCGUCGUUCCUAAUCCUGACUUCCCUGUGCCUUCUCUGUACUUGCUGUCUGAUAAGGAGGUAAGAGAGAUAGUGCAGCAGAGCCUGUCGGUCGGCAACUUCGCUGCCAGGCUUCUCGUAAGACUCUUCUUUUUUCCGGAGAACCUCAGACUGCAAUACAACCAUUCAGGUGCUUGUAACAAAAAACAGCUUGACCCUAUCAGACUGAGACUGAUCCGUCAUUACGUGGAGGCAGUUUACCCUGUGGAGAAAAUGGAAGAAGUAUGGCAUUAUGAAUGUAUACCGAGCAUUGAUGAGAGAUGCCGGCGUCCUAACAGAAAAAAGUGUGAUAUACUGAAAAAAGCAAAGAAAGCAAAAAAGUGACAGGCUCUUUAAAUUCCUAAGACUUUGACCACUAAAUUAUUGUCAGGAUUAUGCUUUGGUUUAGACUGAGAAGCCUGGCGGGAGCUGAGGUUGCUCGGCACCUAGGACAGUCAGGCACUAAGUUGGUUGUGUUUUAAUGUGUCUGUUGCAUCUGUGUGGGCACCACAGCAGUGGGAAGUGGCUUACUACAUUUGUACAUG